CUUUAGUUUGGGACAGGGUUGAGUAUGCCCCAUGACUCUUACCAAAUUUGUUUUUAAACAUUUGUUUUAAAAUAGUGUGUGAUGUGUUGUGUGGGAAUGUGGCAGCUAGGCAAAUGGGUUUUGCAGACAAGAGAGAAUGCCCAACCUUAUGUAAAUUAGCUUCUGAUUAUAUAAGAAAAUCAGAAGGAUGCGAGGAAGAAAUAUAUAAUUUCUUUGCCACUGAAGCGGGUGCGGAUUCUCUAUUCAUAAAGCUUGUGGAAGAGCUUGAAAGAUUGAUCCUUAGUUACUUCGCAUUUCAUUGGAGCCAAGCUUCUAAUAUGAUCAGUCAGGUUUUGAAUGCUGCUGAUCAUACUGAGCCAAAAAAGAAGCUGAAGAACAUUGUCAUGGCAGCUACUAGAGAGCAGAGAUUUGAGAGGGUGACCAAGAAUCUAAAGGUUGCAAGAGUCUUUACAACCUUAGUUGAGGAGAUGAAAGCCAUAGGACUUGUUGGUGCUGACGAUUCACAAUGCACAGAUGUGAUGGUUCCUAUGGCUCACAAGGACAGGAGCCCUGUGCUUCUCUUCAUGGGUGGUGGCAUGGGAGCAGGGAAAAGCACUGUGCUCAAGGACAUCCUAAAAGAACCUUUCUGGGUUGGAGCAGCUGGGAAUGCUGUUAUUAUAGAGGCAGAUGCCUUCAAAGAAACCGAUGUGAUCUACAAAGCUCUUAGUUCCAGGGGCCAUCAUGACAUGCUUCAAACAGCAGAAUUGGUGCAUCAAUCAUCAACGGAUGCAGCAUCAUCUCUGCUUGUAACUGCACUGAAUGAAGGACGGGAUGUGAUCAUGGAUGGCACACUUUCUUGGAUACCGUUUGUGGUACAGACAAUAACAAUGGCUAGAAAUGUUCACCGGUACCGUUAUAGGAUGGGAGCUGGCUACAGAGUUGAAGAUGACGGAACUGUGACUGAGAAUUACUGGGAAAGGAUUGACGAGGAGCCCAACGACCCUGUUGAUGGGGUUAAAAAGAGAAGGGCUUACAGAAUAGAAUUGGUUGGAGUUGUCUGUGAUGCUUAUUUAGCUGUUAUUCGAGGAAUCAGGAGAGCUAUCAUGUGUAGAAGAGCUGUGAGAGUAAAUUCACAGCUGAAGUCUCACAAGAGGUUUGCAAAUGCAUUUACAACAUACUGCAACUUAGUAGAUAAUGCCAGACUUUACAGCACAAAUGCUCUUGAAGGCCCUCCCAAAUUGAUAGGGUGGAAGGACAGGGACAAGACGUUAUUGGUUGAUCCAGAUGAGAUAAAUGUGUUGAAAGUGGUAGGGAGAUUGAACGAGGAUGCGGACUCGAUAUGUAGCCUGUAUAACCACCCUCACCCAGCAUACCAGAGAGGUUCAUUUUGGAAAGACAUUGUGUUGUCACCUUCAAGGUUGAACAUUCAAAAGGAGCUCAAGUGCACCAUCAAGAAAAUUGAACGAUUUAUUCAUCAUCAUCAUGGCUAGUUUUUUUUGUUGAUGAAUAUAUAAAAUUUUGUCACUAUGAGAGGAAUGAAGGGGAAUUUUGAUCCAUCAAUUGUUCAUAAUUUUUUUUAUUGCAAUGUAGCCUGUUGUGGUUGUCAAAUAUGGUUUAUAGUCUCCUCCCUCAAAGCAUUCAAAAGUGGUCAUUUUGUUCUGUCAUGCCCAAUCUGGUUCUUUAAUACCCAAACGCGUCCUACUCCUCGGACACUGACAUUGUUUUUA